CGCUGGAGCUAUGAGCAGCCUCGCGUUCACGGCUUCGCAAUGAGAAGCUCGUCUCAAGGGCAAAGCCACGUCACUUCACUCACUGAAAUAGUUUGGCCGAGAGAAAAGGGAGCGGGCAGCUGUAGCAACUGAUACACAGGAUUUGAGGCAGAACAGGUGGUGAUCAGGAAUGGUGGAUCACUUGCUAGUGAAUGAAGAAAUCUUCCUUCCUUACAGUCGCUCCUUACAGACUGCCCACCACCACCGGUUGGAUAUGGUGACAGACGAGGGGGUUUACCAGGUGCUGACUUCUCCAUUCUCAGAGGACGAGCUCAGUGACUCAUCCAGUUCGCGUUGUUGCUCUAGUCCUGAGUCCCAGGUGUUGGGUUCCAGCUGUAGCAGCACCAGCGGUGAAAGCCAAGAUGGCCUCCUGGACUUCCUGAUCUCUCAGUCCACCCUAAGCCAAACAUCUUCUACGACCAUAACUCCUGCCAUGGUCCCUCCAGUUCUGCCCAUGGGUCUGGCGUGGGAGUCUCGUAGGGACCGGGCUACCAAAGAGGAAUGCUUCGAGUUCCCAUUAUUUCCUGGAGAUAUGGAAGACCAUUCUGGGCUGCUGUUUCAACCCACAUUGGAGGAGAUUGAGGAGUUUCUAGAGGAGAACAUGGAAGUCAUAGCUUUGAAGGAAAAGGCAAGUGAUGGCACAUUUACUAGCACUAUUGACCAGGUAUCCUCGCCAGAAUUGCAGGCGCAAAGCUUAGACCAAACUGUGCCUGUUUUCCACGCAACAGCUGACCCUGAAACUAAAAGUGCCCAUUCCUCACUGGGACCCACCACAGAUACUCAAAAUGGGGUGAAAAAGGAGGAAUCCUCUGAGAAGGCUUCAGUGGUGGAGAAUUCAGGGGUGCCGGUCAUCCUGCAAAUCCAGCCCCUUCAGAUCAAGCAGGAGCCGGCUCCAAACACAGCACCAACUACGCAGCCACCUGCCUCAGACAUCAAAAUCGCCCAGCUGCUUGUCAGCAUCCAGGGCCAGACGUUUGCUCUGGUUCCUCAUGUCAUGCCACCAUCUAGCCCUAGCAGCACAUGUUCAAAGUUCGUCCGCAUAGCCCCAGUACCUAUUGCGGCCAAACCUGCAGAACUUGGGGAGAACGGAGCUGCUGGAGCCCAUGGAACAGAGCUCCUAGUUGGGGGUCAGAAAUUCCAGAAGAACUCAGUGGCUGAUCUCAUCAAAAUGCACAAGUGCACUUUUCCAGGCUGUGCCAAGAUGUACACCAAGAGCAGCCAUCUGAAGGCCCAUUUGAGGAGGCAUACAGGCGAAAAGCCCUUCGCCUGCACCUGGCCAGGCUGUGUCUGGAGGUUCUCGCGAUCGGACGAGCUGUCGCGCCAUAGACGCUCUCACUCUGGAGUGAAGCCAUACCAGUGUCCUGUCUGCGAGAAGAAAUUCGCCCGCAGCGAUCACCUGUCCAAACACAUCAAAGUCCAUCGCUUUCCAAGAAGCAGCAGGACGGCACGCUCUUCAUACUGACCCCACAUAACCCCCCAACACCUGUGGCAUAGAGAGAGAGAGAGAGAGAGAGAGACCAUGUAAGAAAGGAAUAUGCAAGAGUGACCAUGUAAGAAAGGAAAGGAGAAAAGACCAUGGAAAGGGAGGAAACUGGAUGACUUCUUUAAAGAGUAAGUUUAGAGUAAGUCAGUUAUGGUACUGUGAUAAUUUAUUGGUUAAAGCUGAGAGGAACUGAAGAAGAGACGUACAAAACUGUUACUUGACACAACAUCUUCAACGAUGUCCUAAGCUCCUCGUAGAUUGUAUUUUUAUAGGGGGUUCCAUAUUAGUUUUCUAUUCAUGUUUUCUGAACAAAAUGUUGCAUUAUGUUUUAUGCAAAGUAUUUUUUAUACUUGUGAGGUAUGAACUGUUGUUGAUGUCUCUGCCUAUCUCUAAAAGCAUCAACAUUCCUUAUCUUUUACCAUUAUCAUAAUGCCUCUUCUUUUGCCAAGGUGAGUUAUUGUGUAGUUCUGCAAAACCAAAAAGAAAACCUUGGUUGGUUUGAACUACUGAUCAUAGUCAGGACUGUGUCUUUAAUAAGCUAUUAGCAAACAUGGAGCUAAUUCACCCACCUUUUAUUGCUCGUAAAACUGUGAUAAGCUUCAGCUCUGUGAUCAAACGGGUUUGGAAAAUUCAUUAUAGUCCACAGAGUUUAAGAGGAAUACCACUGAUUUCUCAACAUUUCUGCAUAAUUUAUUGUUACGAUGUAAACAAAGUCAUUCAGUGUGGUUUGGUGUGAAGUGCUGUGUUCUAGAGAAACUUACUGAGUCAUAAUUGUUCACAGUGGUGGUGACAAGAGCCAAAAAUUGCCUGAUUUUUCUGUCCUUUUCUGAAAUAUGUCAACAUUUAGGUCUUAUUAUCUCAAACUUUUACUUAUUACUGUAUGUUGAAAUUAUAAUGAGUCUUAUUUGCCAGUUUCUUCCUACCUUGUAUUUGUUCUUGAGAAAGGUGCCUAGAAAAAAGUCUACGUCAGAUUCAUGACGUGUUCUUAAACUGCAGAAUUGUUUGCCCCUUUGUGCUCUGGAGUGUGUGUAGAUUCUGUUCUUCCCUAAGAACUAAUCCCAAAUAAGAAAACACUGGUUAAUGCCUUUUGAAAACUGCGUAAGUGGGAUUUAAGAAGAAAUUCCUUCUUAAGAACGUUUUGUGAAUGACGCUCAUUCUCCUCUUUUGAAAUUUUGACCUCAGUAUCUCUAAAUUAUGACUUAUGUUCUCAAAAAUUUUACAUACUAUCUUGAAUAAUUAAUCAUUUUUAAAAAUACUGUCUCAAAAAAAGUCAUUUAGAGUGGUUUCAUGCACUUUUUCUCUUUUCUGACUUAGAGUAUCUCAAAAUAGUGACUUAUUUUCUCAAAAUAUUAGCUUAGUAUCUAGAAAUAAUAUGCUUUAUCAAAUUUUUGACUAUGUUGAGAUAAUGACUUCUUUGUGUAAAUUGUGUCGUAUUAUCUUGCAUUUUUAAUAAUAGUUUCUGUAAAUAUGCAUAAUUAAGCAGUUAAGAUUUUAACCAUUAUCAGUGUUACAUAUACAAACUCCAAAGACACAUUUAGAUUCAUUGUUUUUUUUUUUCAUUGUAAACAUUGUGACCUCUGGUAAGUUUCUCUACAAAGCAUCAGCCCACUCUGAAUGACUUUGAAUGACUCAAUUGUUUAAUUAUGCAGAAAUUCAGAAAAGUCAGUGGAAUUUGCCUUUAAAUGCAGCAAAAGUCAAACACGCACAGUCAUUGUUGUCUGUUCGCUAAUAUGUGAACCAGCUGGCCUUCUGAUCAUUAUUGAAGAAGUUUUAUUUUUCAUAUUUUAAAAAACCUUAUUUUCUUCUUUUUGUCUUCCUGUUUGACUCUUUCUCCUGAAAAUGAAGCUAUUCAAGUAUCAAAAAUGUGAUGUAUCUGUUGAGCCUUUAUGUCAGACUUAUUGUUUUGGGGCCAAGGUAUAAGUUCAGGCACUUAAGGUGGUAAAAUGCAUUACAGCAGGAAUGGAACUGUUUGUUUAUUGUUCCGAAUAGAGAAAAUGAUCCUUUCUGUAUGGAAGGUCUAUGCAUUAUGUCAUAGUGUUCUUACAUAACCAUCUGAGCAGCCUUGCACUUAGAAGUAUUCACCUUCCCUAGGACAACAAUGCCUAUCCACACUCAUGCAUAUACAAAAUCAGGCUGGAGCGCUUCAUCUCUGACCCUGGGUUCAUUUCAGAUCUCAGACGUUUUCACUGUUGUGCCAUAAUGUGUCAUUGUGGCAAAUCUGGACAACAGGAAGUGGAAAUGUAAGGUGCUAAUCUGUUUAACCACAACCAUAGCCUGCUCCAUGAGGACUGGUUCUUCUGGACAAACUCUUCACCUUUGGGAAAUGUAGACUAGGAAGCACCUGGAGCUAAAGCUGGACAUUCACAAUGGGAAAUCUGCUCAUGGUCACAGCUGGACUAACGAUAUGAUACGCUGACCAUAUCUACACUUGAGGAAUGUGUGAAAUGGCCAGUGAAUGCUGCUGACACGAGAGCUUUUUGUUUUUAAGCAAAUCAAUGUUUUCUGCAGCUUUACUUGUGCAGCUUGAUGAAGCGUUUUGGGGAGAACUUCACAGCUGCCUUUGGAAAUGCAGCCUGUUUGCCAAAAUAAAGCCUGAGAACGAAAGAGACACAUCAGAACCCCAGUUUAGUUUGAGUUCAGCAGAAAGUAGGUAUUAGUGUGCUACAGGUAGCCGGUAGAAACUUAGCGACAAUGGAAGCCCAAAGGAUUGCCUGUUUUUCUUUUCUUUUUGUUUUUUUGGCAGAAGUAUAUCAAAUUUUGGAUUUGGCAUCUCAAAAUUUUGACUUAUUUUAUACAAAUUCUACCUUACAUUAUUGAAAUAAUAACUUAUUUUCUUUUCAUUUCGACUUAGUAUUUCAAAAUAAUGACUUUUUUGAAAUAAUGACUUCUUUUCUCAGAUUUCUGACAAUUUUUUAAAUAAUUACUUCAUUUUUUGACGUAAUGACUUAAUUUUCUCAAAUAUUUUAUGUACUCUCAAGAAAUAUUCAAAACCUUUGCUUUCUUAUCAUGAGAUAUUGAAUGAUGAAAGUUCAACAUACUAUUUUAAAACAAUGAGUUAUUAUAUUUCAAAGAAAGCGUGUCAUUAUUUGAGGUUAAUAAGAAAUUCUCUUAAGUUACUAUGCCAAAUUAUGCGCACACUGCUGCCAGAAAUAAAGACAGAGACACUUUUUUCUUUCCUCUAGUUGGCAAAAGAGGGCUUCCAUAAAAGAUUAUGAUACUGCCUGUCAAAAGUGUAAAUAUUUAUGAUGCAACCAUGCAAAUAAUGCCAACACCCACACUUUUUAUUCCCCUGCCAGAACUUAAACCUUUCCGGUGUUAAAACCUCCUUUGGGCCAAAAGACUUUCAGUAUUUGCUUUUAACAACAGCUAAACCUGUUGUUUGAUAGCAAGUUCAUAGCUAUUUUAUGGCAACAAAACCUUACAAAGGAUAAUGAGGCAACAGCCGAACCACCUGUAUCCCAAGAUAGAAUGAACCUUAGAAACUCUUGCAACUGAUAACAAAUAAUGAAACUGAUAAUGCUGCUAAUGUGCUAAAAGCACGUAGCCUAUCCAGAAUAAACAGUAUUUAUAGUCAGCUAUGCUGAUUCUACCGCAGCUAUGGGCAGAAACCUCUUGCACUCGUCAUGCAGAAGGAAGGCCCACUGUCCAGUCUUUGAAUGGCCUCCUACAUGCUACUUUGUGAUGCUAGCACUAGUAUAGUUCAGAUACUGAAUGCUAGCUGAUUAGCAAACGCUAUGAAUGGUGUUGAUGUGGUUGCUAUUAGCUUAGCACAGGCCAAACACAUGUGGUUUAUUGUUCAGAAGUGUGCACAUCAGGGUUAAUGAAGACAUAAUGCCUGUAGAUUUAUGGAUAAUUAGGUCAGGCAUGCUAAAUGUCUCUCUGAACCACACGUUCAUCAGGUGUCUCACAGUUAGCGCCUCCUCAUCACGUUCUCUUUGUGCCUGACAGACGGCGAACCUGAAGCAGUGUACUGAUGGUGCUGCAUUCCUUCUGAUCAGUAUGACAAUGAUUUCAUUUAUGGCCAUCAAUGAAUGUAUGUGAAAGGAGUUUCACCAGAAAAGGGUCUGAUGUGAUUCUGUACAUUUCCCCAAUAAAAUUGUAAACAUAA